AGAGAGAGAGAGAUCUACAGCUUUUCUGCCUGUCUCUGUGAAACAGAGAGGAGAAGAGUAAGGUCUUCUCGUUCACAAGCUUAUCUGUGUGUGGCUGCAGAUGAACUUGCAAACGUCAGAUGCCUGCAGCAGUCAAGGUUUCUUCCCAAGAACCAGGAACACUGCAGCACAGGGACACUGCAGCACAGGGACACUGCAGCACAGGGACACUGCAGCACAGGGACACUGCAGCACAGGGACACUGACCUGAACUACAGCUACCGGAGUGUGUUUGUGUGUGUGAGAGAGAGCCUGUCAGAGUAAUUGAUGUGUGAGCGUGUGCCUGUAUGGCUAAGCAGCAGUAGCCUGCUAGAGUCAUUUGUGUGUGCACCCUUUCACGGCUCUUAUCAGCUGUUCAGUACACACGGCGGUAGGGUAGGAGGGGAUUGAGGAAGAAGUGCGCGUGUGUGUGUGUGUGUGUGUGUGUGUGUGUGUGUGUGUGUGUGUGUGUGUGUGUGUGUGUGUGUGUGUGUGUGUGUGUGUGUGUGUGUGUGUGUGUGUGUGUGUGUGUCUGUGAGGCAUUCUCAGGUGAGCAGUGCUGUAAUUGGAGGCUAAGCUUUGAUACUCUGACUCUGUGACACCGGCAUGUGUGUGUGAUACCGGUGUCAGAGCACACAUGACAGGAGGAAGUGACACAGCUCUACUCGCGCUCUCCGAUUUCCUGAAGCCUCUCUGGUGGAACGCUGUACGGACCCAAAUCUAAGCCGACCUCCCCUCUCCUCUCUCUUCACCCCUGAUCCUGUAGUCCAAGCCUAUCUGGAUAGCUACAGACACAGGACUGUGAACGACCGGCAGUGGAUGAUUGCAUUGAGAGAACUGAGCAAUACUUGGACUGUGAGCUUUAGUGGUGUGUGUCCGUAUACUGAGCUACCAAGGGACUGGCUGUGGAUUCAGAGUGGAAGUGAAGAGCUCUAGGACUGAGCAUUGUGAACAGUGUGUGUUACUGAAUGCCUCUACAAACAGAGAAUCCCCUCCUUGGGAACAAUCAGAAUUCCUCCUGCGGUUCUGCUGGGUGUCUAUAGGCAGCCGAGGGCUCGUAUUUAACUCCUAAAUGACUGGCAGCAACAGCAUGAGCAGCGGCUACUGCAGUCUGGACGAGGAGGGAGAAGACUUCACCUUCUUCACCGCAAAGACCACCUUCUUCCGCCAGCCCACAAAGCUGGUUAAGCAGAAUGAGGUCAAAGAGGAACAGGAAGGAGGACCCAAGGCUCUGUCAGAGAAAGAGGUGCGUGCCAGGAUAGAGGACUACAACUCUAACGUCUCAGAGAAUGGCAUGAAACUGGCUGCUGAUGGUUUGUACACUGGCUUCAUUAAGGUCCACCUCAGGCUGAGUCGGCCAGUCACGGUGCUUGGUGUGGAGGGUGCGGGAUUAGAGGAACUGUCAGGCAAGCCAGACAGACGCGGUCGACCAAUGACGGUGUCAGAGGGCCAGGAGGGAGAGGGAGCGGGGUUGAGUGACAAGCGGACGUCGUUCUACCUUCCCAGUGACUGUGUGAAGCAACUCCACAUCAGUAGUACUACCACAGUCAGGGAGGUCAUACAGGGCCUGCUGAAGAAGUUUAUGGUGCUGGAUAACCCACGCAAGUUUGCCCUGUACAGACAGACACACCGCGAUGGACAGGAUCUGUUCCAGAAACUUCCUCUGGUGGAGUGUCCUCUCUGUCUGAGACUGGUGGCAGGGCCAGACCCUGAGCUGCUCAGCUUUGUCCUCAAGGAGAAUGAGACCGGAGAGGUGGAGUGGCAUGCGUUUUCAGUUCCUGAGCUGCAGAACUUCCUGGUGAUUCUGGAGAAGGAGGAGACUGAGCGUGUGCGAUUGGUGGAGCAGAGAUUCACAGCUUACCGACAGAGAUUGCAGAAGGCACUAUGCGAGCAUCAACCCUGAUCCCUCACCCUUGAUCCCUCAUCCCUAAUCUCUCACCCUGACCCUUCAACCCUCACCCUUCUGUUGACCCAGGGAGAGACAGGAGACCACUGAAGCUCACAGACUACUAUUCUCCCCUCGUUACACGGUCAGCCCCCCUCCAUGGAAAGGGAAAAGGGGACUGAUUUAAAGGGUGAGUGGGCAGGAUUCUGGAACAUAAUCAGUGUUUCCCUGGGAGGUGAAAGACACGAUGAACGGACGGACCCUCUGGGCUCAGAUAUCUCAUUUUGGUCUGACAAUGUGACCUGAUGGGCCUCCUAAUGUUACAUUGAAUCUCAGUUUGGUCUGACAAUGUGACCUGAUGGGCCUCCUAAUGUUACAUUGAAUCUCAGUUUGGUCUGAUUAUGUUUUUAAGAUUAUACUGCUGCUGCUGCUACUGCAAGUGUUACUUAUUUACUUACUUAUGUAUUUACUAAGGCAUGAGUUUCACCCUGCUCUAUCUGCCCCAGCGCCCCUGCAUAAAGAUUCAGAUGGACUAGAACAGACAUUACCAUUCAAAACAACGCUCCAUGGUUGAUGGAUCAUUGGGAAUGUUCCAUUACUUGAUGUUUACGAUAUCAACUCUCAGGUUGUCCCUGCAUGCCUUCUGUCCAGGGUCGAGGGUAGGUUAGAAGGGUAGGAGACGGGUGGGUAUGCUUGGGUUGGGAAGUAGGGUUGAGAUGCUGGGGUAAAGCUAUGUUCGUCUUCAUCUUCAGACUCCUCUCAUAUCAGUCCCAGGGAUGUACACCAGUGUUUCUCAUAGAACUGCUCUGCUGAGCUAAGGAGGCAACAGAAGAAGACCUGAGCUCUCUAUCCUAAUUUAUUUAUCCAGCGCUGAAAUAACCCCUCUAUCUCAGGCGGCUAACUUUCACUUAAUCCUGCAUCUCCAUCUACCUGGGUAACCAUGCUAGUGUGGGAGGUGUUGUGCAGAUAGAUGUGUAUAUCAUAAAUAGAUGCUAUUCCCAUAGACACUAGUCUCUUCAGAUAGCCAUUGAGUACCCUGACUACAUUCACAUAAACAGAGACAUAUGUCUUCUGUACCUGUUAUUCAUUCACCCAUGCUACAGAAGCUGUCUUCUGUACCUGUUAUUCAUUCACCCAUCCUACAGAAGCUAUGUCUUCUGUACCUGUUAUUCAUUCACCCAUCCUACAGAAGCUAUGUCUUCUGUACCUGUUAUUCAUUCACCCAUCCUACAGAAGCUAUGUCUUCUGUACCUGUUAUUCAUUCACCCAUCCUACAGAAGCUAUGUCUUCUGUACCUGUUAUUCAUUCACCCAUCCUACAGAAGCUAUGUCUUCUGUACCUGUUAUUCAUUCACCCAUCCUACAGAAGCUAUGUCUUCUGUACCUGUUAUUCAUUCACCCAUCCUACAGAAGCUAUGUCUUCUGUACCUGUUAUUCAUUCACCCAUCCUACAGAAGCAUACCGUAUGUAAACAAUCAGUAGAUUCCUUCAUUGCAUGAAUCGUCUGCUGGAGUUUAAAGCAUUUUCAAACAGUUGAUGUUUUGACUCUUCAUAUACUCUUCACCCUUCCCUCAUCAAUAACCUCUGGCCUUUAUCUCCUGAACCCUAACCUGGAAAUGUACAUUUCUCCUGAUGGAAGACUGCUUUGCUGCUGUUCCCAGUGUCUGUGCAUAUGUAUAUAUGUAAACAUUGGAGGACAAAUUAUUAUUAUUGAUUAUAACUAUUGUUAGUUGAAUUGGUGUGUGCGUCUGGGCUGAAGAUAAAAGUAUAAAUGUUAUAUGAUAGUUCAUAUCUAUGUAUUCCAGUCAGUCUCUCUCCUCGUCCAAAAGCACAUGCCUUCCUGAUGCUGAGCCCCUUCAUCAAGCCUAUUUUAUUCCUGCCCUCACAGGGCUUAUAGAAGCCACACAAACAGAUCUGAGACCAGACUACAUGUCAACCAUAAGAUUGUGUGUGUGUGUGUGUGUGUCUUUGUGUGCUUACAUCUGCGUGUGUGUUAUUUAUUUUAUGGUUCACCCCCUUCGGCUUGGUGUUAAGUGUCAGAGGAUGUGGGCAAUCAAUGCUUUCCAAUAAUCUCUUAGUUUGGUUUAUCUGAAGAAUCAGAUGUGUAUAUAGAUAUCUGUAAAGAAAAUGAAGAAUUAAAUAAAUGUCAUCCUUUAAUGAGUC